AUGCUGGCUGCGCUCAGCUCAUUGGACAACGACGUUGAGAAGGCAGUUGUUCAACGGCUAUUCGAAUUGGGCGACGUUAACGCUCGAGCUACACAACAUGGACAAACCGCUCUGAUGUUGUCAGUGUCACAUGGGAAAAAGAACACUACAGAGUUACUGUUAGCAUGUGGUGCAGAAGUGAAUUUACAAGAUGAGGAAGGAUCGACGGCGUUGAUGUGCGCUGCUGAACAUGGACAUAAGGAUAUCGUUAAAUUGCUCCUGGCCCAACCAGGAAUCGAUGCUGCGUUGACGGACUGCGAUAGUUCAACAGCAUUGUCGAUUGCUGUUGAGAAUGGUCAUCGUGACAUUGGCGUUCUCAUCUAUGCUCAUCUGAACUACAGCAGAGCUGAAGCUAUAGAUGAGGCAUGA